AUGGAAGGUAAGGAGCAAACGGACGACGAGGUGCUGAAGGGUAUGUUGAGCCGGCGUUUUCAUUAUGCCAAAGCACACCGGAGCAGUACUUAUCAUCACACCUUUCGAACGAAAACACGAUGGGAGCUGGUACGGCUGUCACUGCUAAUCGUCGGCAUCGAGUGUACGUACGCGACUGAGACGGCCUUCGUUGCGCCAAUUCUGCUGGCCAUCGGACUGCCCCACACAGUGAUGACGAUGAUGUGGGCAAUGCCACCAAUUGUUGGCGUGCUGUUUGUGCCGGUUGUAGCGUCCGUCAGCGAUCAGCUACGGUUUGCUUGGGGCCGACGAAGGCCUGUCCUGCUGAUUCUUGGCAUUGCGAUGCUGCUCGGUAUGAUGCUACUUCCGCACGGGCGUCUGAUUGGCGAAAUGAUUGGAUUGCGAAGUGUCGCGUGGAUUGCCACUAUCACCACUAUCGGACUAACGACGACCGACUUCUCGGCGGAAGCGUCCAACGGGCUGUGUCGGACGUACGCCAUGGAAGUGUGCACGAUACAGGACCAGGCCCGCGUUCUCAGCACAAUGAUGCUGAUCGGUGGUAUGGGCGGAAUGCUUGGGUAUCUGUUCGGUGCGAUAGACUGGAGCGCCCUCCCGAUUGGCCAGUACUUUGAAAGCAACGAAGCCGCCGUCUUCACGGCCAACUGGAUCGUGCUGCUGAUAGGAUUGGUAAGCACGCUGACCAGCUUCGCGGAGAUACCACUGCCGGUGCAGGAAGAGGAUGAGCUGCUACGACCGGUCACGCACUGGAUGCUACAGAACGAGGUGAAGCGCAUGCGGGGCGACGAAUAUGCGGCCCAAACAAACCUUACCGAAAGCAUUGGCUUCCGACAGUUUGUACGCAACACAUUGCAGAUGCCACGCUCGAUGAAGAUCCUAUGCCUGACGCAGUUCCUGUCCCACAUGGGUUAUCUACCGUACUGUCUGUACUUUACCGACUUUGUAGGCGCGGAAGUGUUUCACGGCGAUGUACAGGCUCUGGAGCAUUCGCCAGCAUUUGUGCGAUACGAGGAAGGACUGCGCUUUGCCUGUUGGGGGAUGGCACUGUUCGCCGGCUGUGCCUCACUGUACUCGUUGGUGAUAGAAAAGUUGAUUGAUCGGGUCGGUGCAAGACCCGUGUACGUUUGUGGCUUGAUGGCACACUGUGUCGGCAUGUUGGCGAUGGGUUUUCUGCGCAACCGAGCCAUGGUGAUGCUGUGCUGUUCGCUUACCGGUAUCAUGUACGCCACCAUUUACUCCAUUCCGUUCCUGCUGAUCUCCCACUAUCAUUCGAAAAACUCGUUCCACAUGAAAGAUGGCAAGUGUGUGGAAAGUGACGAGCCACGAGGUUUCGGAGCAGACGUGUCGAUGAUGAGCAGCGUCCUGUGCCUUGCCCAGCUAAUUGUUUCACUGGUGAUGGGCGUUCUAAUCGAUGCAGCCGGAACGACGGUCGUGAUCACAUUCGUUGCCGGUGGAUGCGCCUUUUUAGCUGCCUUGUCCGCGAUGGCGGUACUGUACAUGGGGCUGUGA